AUGGAUCCUCAUGAUCUAUCUAUCAUUAGCCGUUCAUUAGCUAAUCACGAAAUACUAGCUGAUGAUGUCUUGACGAAUCUCGAUUGGAGAACUGUACUUGAAUCUCCAGACCCUUUUUGCGUAUUUUCUGCAAGCCAACUUUUCAGACAGAUCAUUGAACAUGACAGCAAUUCAAAUACAAGAAGAUCUGCUCUGAAAAUAUGGAUAGAUACUGCCGUCAGCCAAGUUUACGUAGACAACUUGGGUUCAUACCUUGAAUUAUUCCACAGCUUGCUUAAACGUACAAGGAAACUAAAAGACGGUAUAGAAGAAAGCAAUAUAUCAUCAGACCCAGGUUAUAUUCUAUUGUCUGUUCUUGCUACGAAUCCAAAAACAAAUGAAUGGAUUCAAAGUAGCCUAGAAAUUCAACAUCAAGAAAAAAUAGUUCCACUACUGGUCUGUCUUAUUGAUAUUGUCAAGUUGGCCGGUCUAUUUGAAUACAAAAACUCUCUGGUAUAUAGUCAACAGGGUCGAGAUUACUGCCAGGCUAUCAUUCAUUCUAUAAAGGCGCAUUUGAAGCAAGUGUAUCCUUAUUGGAGAUCCCAAUCAAUUGCAGUCGUAAGGAAAUCCAUGGAGCUUGUUCGACGUAUACUAGAGCGCGAAGGAGACACACAGAUGGUAGUCGCUACGUUGAAUGAUAUAUUAUCGUAUUCAGAUUUCUUGAAUCGCCGGGGUUUUUCAUACGAUCAUUUAUUGACCAUGCAACAAACUGACCGGACUGAAUUUUUUUACGAGCCGUUUGUAAGAACCAAAAGUGUAUUGGCAGUGGACCGAGAAUGCUUGAAGCAGAUCAUCUCAAUUACAUUUGUCUCCAUUUCACGCCUGUUGGACAGUACCCAGACUCCAAAAAAGGAAGAAAUGGAUACCACAUAUGAAGCUUUGGUAGAAAUCUUUAACCGUUUACAAGGGUAUCAUGAAAGGUUGCCUGAUAACGGAAUUCUCGAACUUUUAUUUGACAUUUAUGGAAACAAUGAUGAAGAUGCUAUUUAUCAACAGAUUUGUAUCCUUGAUGUAUACACUGCCAUUGAACUCCAAGUUAAACACGAAGCUGGGUCAACAAAGAAUAUUAUGACAAGAGAACAACUCAAAGUGGUUUGUCUGUUGAAAGAAAUACUGUCUUUGCUGGAUAUUUCACCCCAUAAUCUAUUUCUCUAUUUCUUGUACAAGACUGGGAUGGACCAUGGAAUACUAGUGGAUCUGUUGAUUUCUAACGAAACGGACUUUUUAAGCUUCUUUGUUCGUUAUCUAAAAUACAUUGCCCAUCAACCAGAUGAGUUUGUAAAAGCAUGUAUAAACUUGCUAAAUGAUGAACAUGAAGAAGAAGAAGAAGAUGAAAGUGAAUAUGAGGAUGAUGACCCGGAAAAUGGGUUGGAGAUGAUAUCCAGUAUAUUUCAUAAUUUAAUAUCAGUACUUACUUCAGAGGGAUUUCCGUACAAUCCCACUGCUUUAAUACAUCGGAUACUUUAUGUGACAAACUACAUAGACAAUAUUCUCAACGCUUCCACUUCCACAAAUAAAUAA